AUACAGCAUUUUUCUGUUCGCGCGUAGUUGCUGAUGUGCGACUCUGGGGAUCUAAAUCUGACAUCAGAUGAGAUUACUAAGCUAAAAAAAGCAUUUAAAGACCCCGAAUUUCAGAAACUGUUCAGAGAAUAUGCGGAAGAAAUAUCGGAUCCUGCUAACAAGAAAAAAUAUGAAGACGAGAUACGGAUGAUGGAAUUAGAGCAAGGGAUGGAUGUAGUAUUUGUCAAUCCUACUCCAGGACACUGUUUAAAAACGCGUCAUUGGCCAGGUGUUCCUCAGUAUCUCGAAAGUGGAAUCACUUUAAAUGCAAAAGAUGAAUCGACCCAAGAAAGUGUGAAGGUUUUCAUAAAUGUCUGCAAAUCUGACAAAGUGGAAUGUCCAGAAAUUAAACCAGUGAAAAACGAUUCUUCUAGACAAGGAGAGAGUGGUGUUUAUUGGAGUCUUCCUCAUUGCUUCACUCCACCUCGUGAAGAUAUUGACAAGGCGAAAAAGCAUGCAAUGGUUUAUGAUGUGGCAUUCAAUCCAAAAGCGUUCGAGCUAGCUAAGUCAUCUAUUGCUUUGAGAAGAAUGUUAGAUACAACAGCAGUUGAUAGUGUACAGAAGCAAUAUAAUUUGUGCCUUGGAAAAACAUUCUCACAAGCACAACAGUUAUUCAGUUGCAGAAAAAAUAGGGAAUCAAAGCAUUCUCUAAAUAGGCCAUCUCCUACUGAUUCCGUUGGUGAGGACUGUUUACUCAAGGCUGUACAUCUCUUGAAAGGUGUGCCCUACAAAGGCGUUUCUAGACCGACAGUAAUCAGGCGUCGCCGUUCAGAUUACGAACAACGCCAAGCUGAGAUAAAAAAACGGGAAGCUGAAGAUUUAAAGUUGUGUUGUUCUGCAGAACAAAAGCAAGCAAUCAAGAUGUUAUCCUCUUUUCGUAAUUGUGGUAAUCCUGAGGGUUUGUCUGACGGGGCCAGCAAGAACGAGGAGACUGUCAAAUCGGAUAAAAUAAGUACACCUACUAAACCUGAUUAUUCUAUAACAUACAGUUCAGAUUUUGACCUAAGUAACUGUCGAUAUUCUAAUGAUGUGAAUCCUUUACGUCCACCGGAUCGUUUAAAAAUCAAUGUUAAAUUGCCUGGUUUAAGUUCCUCUUCAUGUGUUGACUUGGAAGUCACAGAAAUGCACAUACAUAUGAGUAGUCGAAAACCAAUUGCAUAUUUGCUUGACCUGAAAUUACCUUAUAAAGUGAAAGAUGCUGAAGGGACAGCAAAAUUUGAUAAAUCUACUCACACUCUAUGUAUUACACUACCGAUUGUUAAAAACGUGGAAUCAACUACUUGUAAGCCUACUGACAGUAGUAUAAAUGGUGAUGAUGAAAAAGUUGUAGAGAACGAAACGAAAUCUGUUGAAUGCAGUUCUACAACAAACACUUCUGAUCAUGAAUCAGUUACAUUAAAUGCAGCAACUCGAAAACGUGCACGUCGAAAACGUCGGAAACAACGAACUAAAGCAAAUAUUGUUACAGAAAGCUCAAUGGAUACUUCAUCUGAUGGUGGAUCUUCAGUUUCAAAAUGUCCUAAUUUUGAUCUACCCGUAUCUUCUGUUGUUGCCAUUGAUAAGUCUGUAACGCAAACAGAAAAGCAAUCUAAGCAGUUAACAAAUACGUAUGAAAAGUUUUGCGAAGUUGAGAAGAACACAGAAAACGAAAACCAAAUUUCAACGUCUCAAUUAUCUACUGUUUUCAGUUCAUCAAAUUCCCCGGGCGUUGAAAUCAAAGUAAACCAGGUUCCAAGUUGUGAAAUGAUUUUGUCCAAAGAUAGACGCUUAGCACCAGUUCGUUUUCGACAAGAUCCAUUCUCUUUAACUGUUUUACUGGAUGUGCGUGGUAUUUUGCCUAAAUCAUUCAUGAUAAAUUGGACUGAUCCUCUGCAUUUCAAAUUACCCGAUAAUACUGAUAUGCCUGAUUCAUCUUCAUCUCAGUUACUUUUACUAAUCACUUUUUCAAGUUGUGGGUCCGGUGGGUUUACUAUGGACUGGGGCAUAGUAUUACAAUGUCCGUCUUCUUCCACAACCAACAAAUAUGAAUAUACACUUAACGGUAUUACAGAGUCAUUCAGCUCCUAUGGAUCCAGUGAAUCUUCCCUACAACCACAGAUAAUAUCCUGUCAUAUUUCUCCAACAAAUGGAGUUUUGGUUAUUCGUAAACCUUCGUGUAACUGUGAUGAUCUGUCUAUGAAUAAGAAGUUAUUUAGUGAAAUGUUAUCAAGUCGUACUGUUUGGUGGACAUCAGUUGCAACUGGGCGCACUUUAACAGCUGGUAUGGAAGUGAGUUAAGCUGCUGUUUUUGACAAUAACCUCGUUAUGACUGAAGAUGCUAAUUAAUAUCACGUGUCAAGGUCACCAAUCAGAAUUUUGAUUAGAAUUUCUUCGAUCCCAAACACUCAUUGGUUUAUAUACAGAAACCAUUGAACCACGUUUCGCACUAGAUAAUUAGUCAUACUGUGAACACAACCAUACUGAGUGUUCAUUCAUUGGAAUGGAAUCGUUCACACCACAUUAUAGACAAAAUAAUUUUCUACCUACCGAUGUUAAUGAAACUUCUGAUAACUGUUAUCAUGAUGGUGUUUUCUCCUCUACUCAACUGACCAAUAAAUUAUCUUCAAUCAAUAAUAGUUUAUUCUCUGAACCAUCAAUCAAUAAUCGGUUGCUUCAUAAAAGUUGUACAUCGAAUCAACAAAGUUUAAAGUCUGUAAACGUCACCUCAUUGUCAGAUAAAUGUUGUUCCAUAGAAUGGGAUCCUACUGUUGAAUUUAUAGAUUCGAAAACCGACUUAAACUGUAACCUCAUGAAAAUGAAUGACUCUUGUUUUAUAUCUGAUCAGCAGUCAAAUUUAAUAAAUCAACAUGUAACUAACGAGAAUAAUAAUGAUAAUUACAUUGUCAGACGUCUCAGGUGUAAUUCAACUCCUAGUAAUCCAGGUCAAACUGGACCAGUAUUAAAGAGUAUUUUGAAACAACGUUCAAUAUCAGAAUCUAGCGGAGAUGAAAUGACUAUUUUAGAAGGUAAUAUUUUACGUGAUGCUGGUCUAGCUAGUAAUAGAGAGCAUCCUUUAACAUCGGAUGAAUUUCCUACCGCAAGUAGUGAUGAAAAUCACGAUUCAGUACUAUCAAAAUCUGAUUUUCGACGAUGUAUAUCUAGUGAUAAAUUAUCAGGGACAUUGAGUCAAUGUUAUCCUCAUUUGCCUAUAUGUAGACAACGAGUAAGAUCAGUGAGUUUCUGCCAACGUGAUCAACAUGUAGAUUUCUCACCUAGGGAUACAGUAGAAACACUGCAUCAUACAUUGUGCAAUUUGCGGUAAGUAUAAUUUUGUCGUGAAUUUUAAUUAUUAUUCGUUGUUUGGUUGUAACUAAGGUUUAUUAGUAAACUGAUUACUGUUGUGCUUGGAGACAGGCUAGGAGUUUAGAGACUACGAUGAAUCAUUGAGUCGAAGUUUUGAACUUACUUUAUUUGUUUCUUGCUGAGUGCCAGGGUAAUUUCAGUAAACGUCAAACAAUAAUUGUGACCAUCUGCUUGUUACAACCACUUGAAUCAAAUUAAUACGUUUGUGGGGGGUUAUUUCAGAGGUUCAGUCAUUCUGAUCUCAACCAUUAGCUUUAUGACUCCAGUUAUUUUCUUGUUCAAUAUGGUGCGAGUUUUCAGAUUUCGCUAAUAGUCAUUACGGAACACACUUAGAAACUAAAAAAAUUUCUACUAGAAGACGUUAUCGAUAGUAAACAACAAAGGUAGACUUAACAUUUGGACUCGGUGAUAGUCAAAAUGUUUUUCGCAUCUAACAGUACGACUAGUAAGACUAGGCUACUUUAAACUAACUGUUAAGCAAGUAAAACAUGGAGCAAUACUAUACAGUUCUCCGAAACCCUCAUGAUGUUUGAUAAAAUACUUAAAAAGGCGGUUCUAAGUUCCUCUUACGCCUACUUCAUUUUGGAAUCGUAGUUAGUAUAUGAUUCUUGGUUGAAAUUGACAUGAAAUUUCGUGAGACUUGUCACUCUUUUUGUCGUUGUUUAGACGUUUCUUAAUGGAAACAGACGUCAGGCUAUCAGGUAUUGUUUAAUGUUGUUAGGAUACUAUCCUGAAAUGUAACAGAAAUUGUAGCACUAAUUUAUUUACUACAAGAGUGGUUGAAUAAAAAUGUUUAAUAAAACUUAUGAAAAAAGGGUAUUUAUACUUGAAUUCGGUUCACUUGUUUAUAAUCCAAUUUAUCUGAUCCGACAUACACUUUUUGCUAACUGUCCAUGCAUUCAUUCUUAUUUUCUAGUGUUUUUUGUUUUCUUUGCUAAAAUUCUGAGCGAUAAUGUGUAUCGUAUAGCUUUGCCUCAUUAACCCAACCGUAGCUGCUACCUUGACGCGGUUGUCGGGCUUGCUUAUCGUGAUAACUCAACCGAGCUAUGUUGGCUGGAACACAUGUUCUUGUAGGUUCUACCACGCUAGGCAAGUCGAUCGGAGAACGGUAAGACUAAAAACAACAACUCAAGGUCUGAUGGUGAAGUCGUACUGCUAACUGUAGAGGGGUGUGACAGCAGUGAGAUCUUUCCCUUGGAUAACCAACAUCUGCAGCGAUGCUGCCUUCUCACAAGGAAGAAAGGGGUUAGAAAAUUUCGACCCUAAAAAUGUCACACCUCACCUCACGAAUUUCCGCCUCCGGCGGUAAGGCCCUUUGAAGAACGGAGCUAACAGGUUAAAUACUUCCCACAAAAAGCCCAUGUGCGUCAGGCCUCAAGCAGUUUUCCCUUGGACUCUGUGGUCACGCUCCCAGGUCAUUAAGACCAACACUAAUCUGACUUCAUUUUCAGGUUCCUCAGAAAAUACCGUUCCAGGAUGUGGGCAACCAGGAAUCGACAUCAGCCCUCAUACCCGUAACAACACACGAGACCAAGUUGGUCACAAUCAAAGUCUUCCUACGCAUCUUAAUAACUCUCUAAUCUCCAUGACUAGCCCUUCACACGUUCCUUUAUCACCUCGCGCCGCUAUUGCAAACAAUUCGAGUACGUGGAACGUUAUUCCGGGUCUCCUUAAAUCUCAUGUAGGAGCUUUUAACGUCCGAACACUGUGCCAAAUUAGACGAUAGGUUUCCUCAACUAGGACUUUAAAAUCUUGCGUCAUUGAUGUGUGUUGCGUCUCCGAAACCCUCAUACUGGAUCCGAGUAGCGUCAUUCAUCUGACCUCACCAUAUCAAAAUAAAGAACCAUGUCGAUUCAUGCCUCGUGUGUUCGUAAUUCCCGAUGCUGCUUCUACUCAAACAAAACUUUUCCAGUGAAAGCUUGUGGCGAACUAUCGUCAGAAUUGAUUACAUCAAGUGGUGUUCGUCAGGGCUCUCCAUUGUUUAACUUUGUCUUUGACGUGCUUUUAGAGAUGACACUUUCCUCAUCUAAAUUUCCAGGGGUCGAACUUCUUCCAGGACAUAGAAUAUGCCGAUGACAUAGUUUUAUUUGGUGAAGGCGCUGACAAAAUGCAGAGUCUUCUGACCAUUCUAAGCAACAAUGCAAGCAUGUUUCGGGAUGCGAUUCUUCCCCUCAAAAUGCAAAAUUUUACUUCAGGAUUGAGUUGCAAUGGUAGGGAGUGAAGUAGUUUAGCGUGUCGACCGCUUCACUUAUCUUGGAAGUUUUAUCAGCCUUUGUUGUCUGGUAUGUGACAAAAUCCUAGCACGGAUACAGGAGGCUCGACUAGUUUUUGCCAACUCGCAUCACUUGUGGUGUAGGCGAGAUAUCCGUUUACCAACCAAAGUACAGGUCUACUGCGCAGCAUUUCGUUCGUCCUACUUCAUGGCAGUGAAACAUGGCCGAUAAGAGUAGAAGGUCUCCGUAGGUUACUAAUUCUCGUCUUUUCCUCGGUCGGAUAAGACUAGACAAACGGUUUUACUGAUUUUCCUCAUUCUUUGUUCGUUUUCCUUCACCUCCUUUUAUGUGUAUUCUCCACUAUCAGAUCUUCCGCACACUUAACAUGAUUUCAGUGAUCGUUUCUCUAAUGCCUAUUCUCUCAUUUUCUGACGCACUUAUAUUCAAUCCUUGGUUGAAAGUUUUGCUAUUUCUGUCACUUCCAGUAUGUCUGUCAUCUUACUGUCAGUUCGUACUUUCUGCUUUCUGUAAUUAGUCAUGUAAUCUAUUUGGUUGUUAUCAUUGACCCAUAAACUGAUUUGAUUGGUUUUGGUAGUUUUCAUAUAUGGAGGUAGAUAUUGUGUUUUAAAGUAAAGCCCGAUAUGACAGUCUGAUUGAAAGCAAUGAUGUUCACUUAUAUAUGUUUUGAUGGUUUUCACGAUGGGAACUUCUAACAUUUAUAAUGUGUUCGUACUUUAAAAGAUCAUUCGUUGUGAAGGAUGAUAAUUUAUUUAUCGAUAAUUCGUUUCACAGGAAAAAUCUCCGCAAACGUGGUGCUCGCCGUCAUCGUGCAAGUGGUGGGAAUUCAAAACAAUCGGAAAAUGUCAAAAGUGCGCCUUCUAAAAUGAGUGUUGAUAUUAAUGCUCCUACACUUGGUACAUACAUAUCUUCAAAUGGUUCAUUGUCUUCUUCGAUUGAAGUUGACCACUGCAGCAGGAAUUCCAGUAAGUUUAUUCGACCAUAUGGCUAUCUUAGUGGUCAAAAAUGUUUCGACAACUUCCUACCCAGCAUUUUAAUUAUUAACUCUUCAUACUCUGACAGUUAUACUUUUUCUCUUCCUCCGACAGGUUGUUCGGUUUCGGAACAAAACACUUUUAAUUCAACCGAAUCUAUUUGUACAAGUAUACUUCACGAUUCCUUCACUUUUCAUGAAUCAAAAACUAGUAUCCCUGUACAUUCUCGUUCCGAUUCUGAUCAUGAGAAAUUACCUAUUUUACAUUCUGAAUCCAACCAUUCACAGUCACCAAGUUCCAAAGCUAUUUCAAAAUGUGAUGAUGAAACUUCUGAAACUGUUCCCAAACACCCUGAAACUAUCGGUGCUGAUGGUAUAACGAAUAGUAACUUUUCAGCUGUUCAUUUAACUGCAUCACCAAUUUUAGAGUUAGAUGAAGAAUGAAAUUUUUUGUGUAAACUCUUUAAAUUCAUUUUUUAAAUAACG